CGUAUUCAGUAGUGGCGCAGGCUUUGCGCCGAACACGCGUGCGUUGCUUGGUUUCUUCGUGAGUGUUUCUCACAAAUCUUCUCUACUACGGCAUGUAACACAUAUACGUGACACAUUCUUUCGUAGGACAUAAAUACAAACAAUAUAGAAACACAAAAAGUGCUGGACUAACGUAAGCUUAUUCGCAUACUCGACACCAGUAAGAAAAAGCUGAAGAGCCCAUCAUACAGGAAAUCACAUUCAGAUGGAACUGUCGUCGAUGAAGAUUCUGUGAUACCUAUCAAGAUUAAUGCGUUGUCUAUGCGUGUUUAAACGUACUUAAGAGAACACUCACGCGGAUAACUUACUUGGAUCAUCAAAUUAUCGUGACAGUCGUUCAACGUUUUCUAAUUUCACGCAAGACAUCGUGAGUGCGCGCAAUUUCCUAGAAUCGAACGGUUUUACUGUGAUCAAAGUGUACUUUUGAGUUCGUACCAUUUAAAAGCGAGUUAAUGCAGCGCGCCGAGAAAGAUGGACUCGAGCAGCGUGAAGUCGAAUCCAAAUCCUCGAGAAAAGGCGAACUUGCUCUCGAUUUUGUUAUGGUGGUGGACGAUAGGCUUGUUCAAGACUGGCUACAAGAAGAUUCUGCAGACGGACGAUUUGUAUGAUCCCUUGAAGACCGAUCGAUCGACCUUGCUCGGGGACAGGCUAGAGAAACGAUGGCUAAUCGAAGUAGAGAAUUCAAGAAAGUCCAAGCGUCGGGCCAGCCUGUUGAGGGCUAUUUUUCGCACCUUUCUCUGGGAGUACACUGUACUCGGACUCAUGCAGAUAUUAAACGAAUUCGUAUUACGAUUAGGGACACCGAUACUGCUGGGUGGGCUCCUGCGCUACUUCAGAAAGAACACGACUGAAACGUACGAGACUGCGCUCAUGUAUGCGGGUGGGAUAUGUCUGGCAACAUUGAUAAACGUAAUUACGUUUAACCAAGCGGUUUUUGGCGCAUUCCACGUUGGCGCGAAAAUUCGAGUUGCCGCUUGUUCCGUUGUUUAUCGUAAGGCAUUGCGUCUUAGUAAGACAGCUUUAGGCGAGACGGCGCCAGGAAAAGUGGUUAAUUUAGUGGCCAAUGAUGUCAACAGAUUCGAUCUUGUUUCCAUCUUCAUUCACCAUAUGUGGUCCGCACCGUUAUCUGCAUUGAUUAUAGCCUACAUUCUCUACACCGAGGCGGGAUACGCUGGCUUAAUCGGCAUUGCCGCGGUGUUCGUUGUCGUGCCGAUUCAAUCGUACGCGGGAAAGUUAUCUUCCAAGUUCAGGCUGCAAACAGCCAUCAAGACCGACGAAAGAGUGCGCCUGAUGGAUGAAAUCAUAUCAGGUGUGCAGGUAAUCAAGAUGUAUGCCUGGGAGAAACCAUUCUGCGUUCUGGUCGAGCUAGCUCGCAAAUUGGAGCUGCAAGUGGUCACCAAGAGUUCAUACAUUAGGGGCAUCUACAUGACGUUCAACCUGUUCACCACAAGGAUGGCACUCUUCUGUACCUUGAUCAGCAUGUUGUUAUUUGGGAACGAGUUAUCAGUUGACACCGUUUUCGUCUUCUCCUCUUACUUUAACAUAUUGGCGCACACUAUGUCUGGAAUGUUCGUGCGCGGUUUCGCGGAGAUAGCCGAAUGCAUGGUGGCCGUGAGAAGACUCCAACACUUCCUGAUGUACGAAGAGUUCCAGAACAAAGGGUUCACCUUGAACAAGUUUGCGGCUAGCCUCAACGGCAGCAUCAACAGCGACAUCAAACAGGCCUCUUACAAAACUUCCAGGCAAGACUUACCCUACAUCGAUGACGAGAUCGAUGGUUACGAGAAUCUCGACGAAUCGUCGGAGAAGAGGAGACACAAUGGGCUAGUUGUUGUCGCUAGCGACUUGCUGAAGAAUACCGCGAAUCUUAUGGAAGAAAAGAAGGAUUCUCCGGUGACGAAUGAGGAACCAUACGCGGUCAAGAUGGUCAAUUUGACGGCCAAAUGGGAGCCAGGCCAGUCGGAGAACACUCUCGAAGAAAUGAAUCUGGCGAUUGAGAAAGGAAAGGUCUACGCGGUGAUUGGAAUGGUAGGGGCGGGGAAGAGUUCUUUCUUGUCCGCGAUCCUUGGAGAAAUAGAACCGACCGAGGGCCACGUGAAAGUAAAUGGAAGUCUGAGCUACGCUGGUCAAGAAGCUUGGGUCUUUGGCUCCACCGUUAGACAAAAUAUACUUUUUGGACAACAAUACGAUCGGCAACGGUAUCAAAGGGUCGUUAAAGCAUGUUCCCUGCUUCGAGAUUUCAAGCAGUUUCCACAGGGUGAUCAGACAGUUGUCGGAGAAAGGGGUAGUUCUCUGUCAGGAGGACAAAAGGCUAGAAUCAAUUUGGCCAGGUCCCUUUAUAGGCAGGCGGACAUUUAUCUAUUGGAUGAUCCUCUGAGCGCCGUGGACACUCAUGUCAGCAAGCACUUGUUCGAGGAAUGUAUACAACGAUACCUAGCUGGAAAGACAAGGAUUUUGGUCACUCAUCAGUUGCAAUACGUGAAAAGCGUCGACUCUAUUAUACUUAUCGAGCAAGGGAAAGCUACAGUAUUUUCCAAUUACCCAGAUUUGUUGAAUCAACGACCAGAGUACUGCCAUCUCCUGGCAUCCGACACCGAAACAAAGGAGGAUUCUUCUUUAGAGAAAAGUUCAAUAAAGAGACAAUUUUCGUCGUCGAGUACCAGGAGUCGAACACCAGAAGCUAGUAGCGGAGGAACGGACGACGAAGACGAGGACGAAGACCCCGAUAAGCUAUACGAUGGCUUAGAAGGAACAUCCCGUGGAGCAGUGAAGGGACCAAUAUUUAUUAAGUACUUUCUAAGCGGAGCCAACAUAUGCCUUGUAAUCACAGUCUUUCUGCUGUACUUAUGCACGCAAUUUUGCGCUAGUCUCAAUGAUUAUUUCGUCCCUAUCUUAGUAAACGCGGAAGAAGCACGACACUAUGUACUUAAGCAAGCGGCCCAAAAUAUUAGCAACGACACAUCAACAGACUUGUCAGAAACUUCGGACAUUUCGUCGAUGUACAAUUAUAUGUACAUUUACACGGGGAUAGUGCUUGGAAUAUUCAUUAUUGGAAUCUCCAGGUCUUUAAUGUUUUACAAAGUGUGCAUGUUGUGCAAUCAAAAGUUGCACGACAUGGCCUUCAAUGCACUCAUCAGAACGGGCAUGAGGUUUUUCGACACCAACCCCAGCGGUAGAAUCCUCAACCGAUUUUCCAAAGAUAUGGGAGCGAUCGAUGAGUUGUUGCCGAAAGCUAUACUGGACGCUACUCAGAUAUGUCUACUGAUGGUUGGAUCCUUAGUGGUGUCCUGCGUCGUCAAUUAUCUGUUCCUAAUUCCCAUAGUGUUUCUGAGUACCGUGUUCUAUUGGAUACGAAAAGUCUUCCUUAAAACCAGCAAGAACAUCAAACGAAUGGAAGGAAUGACUCGAUCUCCUGUGUUCACUCAUUUAAAUGCCACGUUGAAUGGACUGACCACCAUCAGAGCUUAUUGCGCACAGGAUAUACUGAAGAAGGAAUUCGACAAAUUGCAAGACGUCCACACCUCCACUGUUUAUAUGUACGUGGUAACGAGCACUGCCUUUGGAUUUUCGCUGGACAUCUUUUGCUUCGUGUUCACAUCAUUAGUCACCUUCAGUUUUCUUCUACUGCAGCAAUCAUUCUCUGGAGGUGAGGUGGGUUUGGCUAUCACUCAGGUAAUGGCCAUGACCGGUAUGAUUCAAUGGGGUAUGCGACAAAAUGCCGAAGUGGCCAAUCAAAUGAUGUCUGUGGAACGUGUGUUGGAAUACACGCAAAUAGAGCCAGAACCGAAUCUACGCGACAGAGGAAAGUUUGCGAAGAAUACUGAUAAGCAAGCCAUCGCGCUUCCAGCAAACGCGCCGAAGAAUUGGCCCACAGAGGGACUCAUCGUAUUCAAGAACGUUUACUUGCGAUAUGCGGAGGACGAGCCUCCAGUUUUGAAGAACUUAAAUCUUGUCAUUCGCUCGGGUGAAAAAGUCGGUAUCGUGGGUAGAACAGGCGCUGGAAAAUCAUCCUUAAUAUCUGCCUUAUUCAGAUUAGCGAAGGUUGAAGGAUCUAUCGAGAUCGAUGGCAUAGACACUGGGUCCAUUUGUUUAGAAGAUUUGCGGCGUCAUAUAUCAAUCAUUCCACAGGAUCCUGUUUUAUUCUCUGGUACAUUGAGACGCAACUUAGACCCUUUCAAUGAAUUCUCUGAUAAAACUUUAUGGGAAGCUCUCGAAGAGGUUGAGUUGAAAGAUGCCAUCACAACCGGUACAGGAUUAGAAAGUCGAGUUUUGGAUAGAGGCAGUAACUACAGCGUUGGCCAAAGACAGUUAGUCUGCUUGGCAAGAGCCAUCCUGAGAAAUAAUCGUAUACUUAUGCUCGAUGAGGCAACUGCAAACGUGGAUCCACAGACUGAUGCUUUGAUUCAACACACGAUAAGAAAGAAAUUUGCCAAAUGCACUGUACUUACUGUUGCCCAUCGUUUGAACACUAUCAUGGACAGCGAUAAAGUUUUAGUCAUGGAUAAGGGUCGCAUGGCGGAGUACGAUCACCCACAUAUACUCCUCCAGAACAGUUAUAGUCAAUUUACCUCAUUGGUAAUGCAAACUGACCGUGGUAUGUACGAUCAGUUACUUAGGAUAGCAAAACAAUGUUACAUUGCCAAAUACGGAGAACGAUGAUUACCACGCCAAAUAUUUUUUUUCCUGGUACUUAUUUUACCAGAUACUUCUAUUUCUACUUGACUACCGGUACGUAACAUGUGGUGCAAGCGUUUAUACAGAUUUCAGUUGUAUUAAAGUAUUGUCAUAGGUCUCGAGCGCGCUCAAUAUUCGAAGAAUUAUAUUUUUUUAAUCUUCAUACGGGCGAAUCGUUAGAACGAUUAUUCCAGUACUUCCUGUAAAUAUUAAUGGCGCCGUUGAGCGGCACCCAUACUUCCAACGAAUACAUAUAAUAUAUUUUUCUACACCCGUCAUUGCGAGAUUUACAAAUUUUUGAAAUCAUGGAUACGCGUUUUGAUGAAUUUCAGCGAUUUGAACGAUGUAUGCCAGUAACAUGCCAAAUGAAAGUAGUAGAUUUUUAUAAGAUAUUGUAUGAGAAGUUCCAAUUUCAAUAUGUAGGCAUAAAUAAAUAUUGUGAUCCGAAAAAUCAUGAUCUGCAGGACGUAAAAAUAUUCGUCACGAAUUUUAUGAAUGAAUCAGUUGCAACAAAAUGGUCCUUCAUAUUUCAUAGAAUUGUACGAAAGAGUGAAAAUGCGACCGUAACGGUAUUGUAUGCAGAAAUAGAUUUACAUUAUACAGGGUGGUUCCAGAUCACCUUGAAAUAGUUACUAAAUGGUAGGUGGUACAAGAAGACUGUCUUCAGUAUUUUGCUUUUUCUUUUUUU